UUGGCAUUUCAAAAGAGGCCGUCGUGAUAGUUUGACGUAGAUCGGAGUACAAGUUUUUGAGUAAUAAAGUACAAUGAGGGGGUGUUUAUUGAGUUUUGUGGUAUGUGCGUUCGUUUGUGCUGCGCUCGCGGACGUAUAUCUUGAAGAAAAAUUCCAAGAUGAUUCGUGGGAGAAGAACUGGAUUUACAGCAAACAUCCCGGCAAGGAGUUCGGCAAGUUCGUGAGGACGGCCGGCAAGUUCUUCCACGACGAGGAAGAGGAUAAAGGUAUUCAAACGUCAGAAGAUGCCCGUUUCUACGCACUCAGUAGGAAGUUCAAGCCAUUCGCCACCGAAGGUAAAGAUUUGGUCGUACAGUUCACCGUCAAACACGAACAGAACAUCGACUGCGGUGGUGGAUACGUCAAAGUAUUCGACUGCUCUCUGAACCAAGAAGACAUGCACGGCGAAUCUCCCUACAGACUCAUGUUCGGACCCGACAUCUGCGGACCAGGCACCAAAAAAGUGCACGUCAUCCUCAACUACAAGGACAAGAACGUCCUCAUCAACAAAGACAUCAGAUGCAAGGAUGACGUUUACACCCACGCGUACACUUUGAUCAUUCGCCCCGACAACACGUACGAAGUGCAAAUCGACGGCGAGAAGGUCGAAGGUGGCGAACUGGAAGCCGACUGGGACCUGUUGCCGCCCAAGAAGAUCAAGGACCCCGAGGCCAAGAAACCCGAGGACUGGGACGACCGUGCGACCAUCCCCGACCCAGACGACACCAAACCCGAAGACUGGGACAAGCCAGAACACAUCCCCGACCCAGAAGCUACCAAGCCCGAUGAUUGGGACGACGAAAUGGACGGCGAAUGGGAACCACCAAUGAUCGACAAUCCCGAGUACAAGGGCGAAUGGCAACCUAAACAAAUCGACAAUCCGGCUUACAAGGGCGCUUGGGUGCAUCCGGAGAUCGACAAUCCGGAAUACACGCCUGAUGACAGUUUGUACAAGCAGAAGGAGAUCUGCGCAGUAGGUUUCGAUCUGUGGCAAGUCAAGUCCGGUACGAUUUUCGAUAACGUCUUGAUCACCGACGAUGUCGAGUACGCCAAGAAGGCUUUGGACGGUUUGAAGGAAAAGCAAGAGGGCGAGAAGAAGGUCAAGGAGGAACAGGAGAAGGCUGAAAGGGAAGCCAACAAGGAAGAAGAGAAGAAGGAUGAUGCUGAUGAUGAUGAGGAUGAAGAUGAUGAAGAAGAUGAGAAACCAGUUGUAGAGGAAACUGAGCAUGAUGAGCUGUAGGGGAUGUAAUUUAUAAUUGAAAAAGUAUAUAUUUAAGAGAGACAUUUUUUAUAACUUACAGUGUGCAGUGUUUUGUUCAAUAGUGUGUACUGUUACUUUGACUGAUUUUUGUUAUAAUUGAAUUGUAUUCUAAUAAAACACAAAAUGUCGAAAUUCGUUUUUGUAAUCACAUAAUUUUUCUUGUAUAAAUAGUUUAUUUAUUGUAGAGUAUUUUGUAACAAAAUAUGCCUACUUCUCUUUAUUCCUGUAUUGUGGAAUAAAAUAAUUAAUGAUGGAUAAAUGAGGUCAAAAACAUACUUCCUGUACAACUUUUUGUAAAUAUUUCUGUUUUAAUAAAAUAAAAUUAAAACGUG